AUGUCGGGCUGUAAGUCAGCACAGGAAAUUUCGUCUCAGUAUAACGCAAGCGAUGCCGAAGUAGUCUUCAUUAGCAUAGACAAUGUGAAAUAUAGGAUUCAUUCGUAUAUGCUCAAGGCCAACAGUGCAGUCUUCCGCGAUCUUCUUGGUGAAUCGUCUUCGAAACCUGCCUACCAACCUAUCCGGCUUGAUGCUACCUCCGCCGACUUAUCCUGCUCCCUGAACUUCAUGUAUCAAAGUCACCCAGCUCUACCGAGCAGUUGGACUCAAGCUGAAGUCGUCUCAGAGUUAUGUGAUAGGUAUAAAUGCGAUAUCAUCAAAGAGAGAAUGAUGCUCGCUCUGAGAUCCUUCUCACCCAAAAGACCAUGGGAGGCAUUCUGCUUUGCAAGUCACCAUGACGAUAUCAUCCUUGCACGACAUGCACUACAAUCAUUAGGAUUAGACAAGAAGCGCAAGAAUGCCACUUCAAGUGAAAUCACACUUGAAGACGCUUCAAAGGCAACUUUACCGUAUUUACUAGGAUAUUUCGAUCUGUGUAAUAUGUUAGAACCGCCUUUGAUAUAUAGAUCAGGACUGCUUGAGAAAGAUUGGAAUACCCUUGGAAAAUGGUUUACACCGAGGAAGUAG